AUGCCCCCUGGACCUGACCCCCUGGACCACCAAGACCACCAGAACUUCCAAUGCCACCUGGACCAAGACCACCUGGACUACCAAGACCCCCAGGGCCCCCAUUUCCACCUGGACCACCAAGACCCCCAGGACCACCACGGCCACCAGGACCUCCCAUGCCACCUGGACUUGGUCCACCAAGACCACCAGGACCUCCAAUGCCCCCUGGAUUACCAAGACCAAGACCCCCAUUACCACCUGGUCCACCGAGGUUUCCUGAACCACCAAGACCACCAGGACUUCAAAUGCCACCUGUACCAAGACCACCUGGACUACCAAGACCCCCAAUACCUCCAUUCCCACCUGGGCCACCUGGACCACCAAGACCCCCGGGGCCACCACGGCCACCAGGGCCUCCCAUGCCACCUGGACCUGGUCCACCAAGACAACCAGGACCUCCAAUGCCCCCUGGACCACAAAGACCAAGACCCCCAUUACCACCUGGUCCACCAAGGUUUCCUGAACCACCAAGACCGCCAGGACCUCCCAUGCCACCUGGACCAAGACCACCUGGACUACCAAGACUCCCAGGACCUCCAUUCCCACCUGGGCCACCUGGACCACCAAGACCCCCGGGACCACCACGGCCACCAGGGCCUCCCAUGCCACCUGGACCUGGUCCACCAAGACCACCAGGACCUCCAAUGCCCCCUGGACCACCAAGACCAAGACCCCCAUUACCACCUGGUCCACCAAGGUUUCCUGAACCACCAAGACCACCAGGACCUCCCAUGCCACCUGGACCAAGACCACCUGGACUACCAAGACUCCCAGGACCUCCAUUCCCACCUGGGCCACCUGGACCACCAAGACCAGAAGGACCUCCAAUGCCACCUGGACCACCAAGACCUCCUGAACCACCGAGACUUCCUGGACCACCAAGACCACCAGGACCACCAGGACCUCCCAUGCCUCCUGGACUUGGUCCACCACGACCACCAGGACCUCCAAUACCACUUGGACCACCAAGACUCCCUGGACCGCCGAGACCAAGACCUCCAUUACCACCUGGUUCAGCAAGGUUUCCUGGACCACCAAGACCACCAGAACCUCCCAUGCUACCUGGACCAAGACCACCUGGACUACCAAGACCCCCAGGGCCCCCAUUUCCACCUGGGCCACCAAGACCCCCAGGACCACCACGGCCACCAGGACCUCCCAUGCCUCCUGGGCCUGGUCCACCAAGACCACCAGGACCCCCAAUGCCCCCUGGACCACCAAGAGCAAGACCCCCAUUACCACCAGGUCCACCAAGGUUUCCUGAACCACCAAGACCACCAGGACCUCCUAUGCCACCUGUACUACCAAGACCCCCAGGACCUCCAUUCCCACCUGGGCCACCUGGACCACCAAGACCAGCAGGACCUCCAAUGCCACCUGGACCACCAAGACUGCCUGGACCACCGAGACCAAGACCUCCAUUACCACCUGGUUCAGCAAGGUUUCCUGGACCACCAAGACCACCAGAACCUCCCAUCCUACCUGGACCAAGACCACCUGGACUACCGAGACCCCCAGGGCCCCCAUUUCCACCUGGACCACCAAGACCCCCAGGACCACCACGGCCACCUGGACCUCCCAUGCCUCCUGGACCUGGUCCACCAAGACCACUAG